AUGUUGUCGUCUACACGAUCACGGCUGUGCCUUUUUGCGGCGCAGUCGUCCCGCUAUGUUCAGCGAGCCACAUACACCUCGACGGUCCCUCGUUUGAGCGAAAACACUAUUCCCACCAAUAACCCAAACCCCCAGAAGCCGGUUACGAGCAUAUCCGAGACCAAUGCCAGAGAGCCCGCAUCAAUGCAAGAGACAGUUGAGCAUGCGCAGAAGCAGCUUUCCAUGCAGGCCCCAAACCGAGCAACUACUUGGGCGAAGAACCAGCAAGAGCGGUCCAAGGCCAUGGCUGGUCCACGAUUCGAGCAGACAAUCAUUGAUUUCCAGGUCAGUCAAUUGAUUAUGGGCGUUUUCCGGGGAUGUAUAUGGAAUAAUGAAGAGAUCCUGUGUCAAUUGGGUACUCUACAUGUUCUUUUGAUGAAUUGUGGACUAAUUGGUGAUAAAACAUACAGCCUCAACCUUAUGCCGCCAUCGAUCUAA